UCUGCGCCGAAGCAGAUGGAGGGGGUUGCCUGUGCGUGUGCAGGAGGCGAGGAAUGGGGGCGGGCACUCCCGCCAAGCCGCUGGAGUUGGGGGUGUCAGCUCGUAGGUGACGCGGGGCUCUCACGUGACUUGGAGCUGCAGAGAGACGCAGCCUUGGGUGCAGUCGUCACUCCCGUCUGGGUACCAGCUCCCCGCUCCCCUGCGCCCCGCGGGCUGGCACUGGGCCCAAGGAAAGCGGAGCAGGUCUGCGGGUCUAGGUGUCUAGUGUCGCGGCGGCCCACGCACGACGAGAAUCGGGAGAAGGAGGAGACUGCAAGGAGACUGGCCCAGAAAAACAACCAGGAAAAAAAUCUCAUGGCAAAUAUCCACCAGGAAAACCAAGAAAUGGAGCAGCCCAUGCAGAAUGGAGAGGAAGACCGCCCUUUGAGAGGGGGCGAAGGCCACCAACCUGCAGGAAAUAAUAGACGGGGACAGGCUCGCCGACUUGCUCCUAAUUUUCGAUGGGCCAUACCCAAUAGGCAGGUUAAUGAUGGGAUGGGUGGAGAUGGAGAUGAUAUGGAAAUGUUCAUGGAGGAGAUGAGAGAAAUCAGGAGAAAACUUAGGGAGCUGCAGUUGAGGAAUUGUCUGCGAAUCCUGAUGGGGGAACUCUCUAAUCACCAUGACCAUCAUGAUGAAUUUUGCCUUAUGCCUUGACUCCUGCCAUUUUCCAUGAGAUUAAUACUGUGAUUCACACUGUUUUCUUUCUCCUUGCAUUUUCCUGAUAACACCUUUACCAAUUCGUUUGCUGUGAACUUUAUGUAAUUUCCAUGUGUCAAGUGGGUUCUGUGUGAUCAGAUCCAAUUGGAGGUUGCCUUGGCACCCAGUCUAAGUUUGUCAACAGUAGAGUCACCCAUUUGCAUGGAAAAGUGUAAAGUUAAUAAAGCAAUUAAAAAGUAA